UACAUGCCUCUAGUUUAUAUUUAUGGCAUACACUGUUUUCUGCUUGUUGAGGGAAACAGGCCUGUGUAGUGUUGUGGGAUUGAGAGUGAUGAAUAUUGACAUGCGUAACUGAAUAGUUAUUUACACUGAAACUUCAUUCCAGGAUUACAGCGAAAUAAUGGUCCUCACAAAGGAAUAUCGGAUAUGUAUGCCUUUGACUGUUGAAGAGGUAUUAUUUACUACAGUAUCAGAUUGGGCAGCUGUACAUGAUAGCUCGUCACAGCCAUGAGCAGACGGAUUCGGGGGAAGGUGUGGAGGUGGUUGAGAAUGUUGCGUGUGAGGAUCCAGAAUAUGGGCAGGGACAGUACACGGAGAAAAGGAUACAUCUUUCGAGUCGACUUCCAUACUGGAUCCAGUCAUUCAUACCAAAAGUAUUUUACGUGACAGAAAAAGCAUGGAACUAUUACCCAUUUACCAUCACAGAAUAUACAUGCUCAUUUAUACCAAAGUUCAGUAUUUCUAUCAAGACAAAGUAUGAAAAUAACAAUGGAAGCACAGAUAAUUGUCUUAAUCUGGAUACCGACGCCCUAAAUGAAAGAACUGUAGAGUUUGUCGACAUAGCGUAUGAUGAAGUAAAUCCGAAGCACUACAAGGAGGAGGAGGAUGUGAGGUACUUUCAGUCUCGGAAGACUGGCAGGGGACCUUUGGUUGAGGGAUGGAGAGAGACUGUCAUCCCCAUCAUGUGCUCAUAUAAGAUUGUCCAAGUUUCGUUUGAAGUGUGGGGCCUUCAGACCAGAGCUGAAGAUUUGAUUCAAAGGAGUAUCCGAGAGAUCUUGCUACUUGGACACAGACAGGCGUUUGCUUGGAUAGACGAAUGGUACGGUAUGACACUGGAAGAUGUCAGGAUGUACGAAGAGCAAAUGCAACGUGAAACCAACACUAAGGUGGCGGGGAACGGCAGGUCUGAUGUGGCUACAACAAAGGGGACUGCACGAAGAUCCCCUAAUGAAGCGGUUGACGCUGGGUCCUCAUCAACCCCAGCAGCACACACACCUACAACACCUUCUACCCCUUGUACACCUAAGUCAAAGUCAUGGUUCUCAUGGUCGUAGUGAAUUAAAGAUGGAAUACCAAGCACUUCUACUUAGGUAGUAAAUAACGUUCCACUUUUUCAAUGUAAAACUUUCCACACUCUUAUAAUGUGCCAUUGGUUUAACACAUGAAAGUACCCAGUGUUACCAAACAUUCUAGUUAUUUUACAGUACAAUAUUGCAUUUUCAGAGGCUCCUGAUUUCCUACCUUUUUAUUUGGUUCAGAGAAUGGAUUAAAUAAAAUGAAUUAUAUGAUGACGUGAAUAAUGUGUGCAUAUGUCGUGUGGGAUCACCCGGGCGCGUGGAACAAACCGCAGAGCCAUCCAAGCAGAAGAGUGUGAUACACCUCCCACCUGGCCAGGUUGCCGAGACAAGCCUACAUGCCAACAGUCACAAACAAAACAGACCCAGUUUACAGUAGAUGCCGGAAAUGCUCCCUUGUGUUACACAUGUUCCUGGCACCUCCAUUCACGCAUUUCAGAUCCUGUUUUGGCCUACUUUCCUUAUUUUGAAGAAAGUAGGCUUAUGAGAUCACCUUGCUGUCUGUGUAUGUGUCCCCUCCUAUCAACUUGUGAAUGCCUGAACCAAACUGUAUGAAAGUCUAUAUGUAUAUCAAGAAACCUGAGCCCAUUUCAGUGACAUACUUCAUAAAUCCCUCCGUCCUGUCUGUGUGUCUGUAUCAUCCCCUAUCGUCUGGGUAAUGACAGUAAACACGUUCCCACAGCGAGUGCGCGCAACAAUAGAAGAAUUGUUGGAUUCAUCAGUUUCUGUGCUGUCCA